GCACGAGCGAGUCUCUGUCACGUGUGAAGUCAAUUCCCUUGUUGCCACUACCGAGUGACCCAUUUCCAUUUCCAUUUUCGCUGAGUUCAUUCAGUUUUCCGUUAAAUCAUCAAAAUCGAGAGAAAGAAACAGAAACCUAACGGGGCGUGACCUGAGAUCAUACUAAAACACAUCAAUCACCAUGUUACGGAGACUCAUCUCUUCACAACUCAAAACCCUAACUUCUUCUUCGUCUCCUCUCCGAUCUCCUUCUCCCGCCGUCGCCGUUUCUUUGCUCUCCUGCCACUUCUCCACCCAAUCCGAUGACAGUACUGUUGUUAAAAAGAAGGUUGAGGAUAUAGUGCCGAUUGCUACUGGUCAUGAACGUGAGGAGCUUCAGGCUCAGAUUGAGGGUAGGGAUAUUCUUGAAAUCGACCACCCUGAAGGUCCUUUCGGCACCAAGGAAGCACCGGCUGUUGUGAAAUCUUACUACGAUAAAAGGAUAGUUGGAUGUCCAGGUGGUGAAGGCGAGGAUGAGCAUGAUGUUGUCUGGUUUUGGCUGGAGAAAGACAAACCUCAUGAAUGUCCUGUGUGUGCACAGUAUUUUGUGCUCGAAGUGGUAGGACCUGGUGGACCGCCUUAUGGACACGGUGAUGAUCAUCAUCACUAAUUGCAUCCUUCAAUUAUCCUGGAAUAAAUUCUGGAAAGAUGAAGACAUUGUUUUAUUUAGCAUACACUCUGGCCUUUCUAAAUCCUGAGGCCAAUGUCUAGUUUUGAUGUUGUUACUUUCUGUGUUGUUGCAACUUUUGACAUAAAAAGUUGUGGUGUUGCAACUUUUGAUAUUAAAAGCUUCUUUUGAUUAUUUUAUAACAGGAUGUUCAUUCUCCUGAA